AUGGCUACCACAUUAAUGAUACCUCAUGUCUUUCCUUCUCAUUUCGAAUACACAGUUGUGCCUGUUGCGCCUUUUGGAUCAGACACCCUCGGCAGAGAAUUCGUGUUCGCCAUCCCGUCAAAGGUAUUUUUUGACCCCUCUGAGCCUAAUAUUGGCAUCAUUGUGGGGGCCACUUCAACCAACGUCACUUCCGUUGUGGUCAAUAUGCCGUUGAGGAGUGUGGAAUACAACUUCACCCUUGAACCCGGAUCAGCACCCUAUGAUCUUAUGCUUUCUCCUGACCUUGCCACGACUAGUGGGGCAGCAAGGGUAACAAACGAUACGAUUGUGGUGAGGUCCGAUCAAGAUGUCUCUGUGACGGCUUACAAUAUCGGGCCCUUCUCUAGCACAAUGUUCACUGUGUUACCGACCAAGCAUACGGGCAGGGAAUACUUUAUCGCGACCAUUACGCGACCACGGGGGGGUGUUGUUCUAAUUUCUGCAUUUAACGAACUGACUAAAGUUACAAUAGAAUUGACCGGUAAAGUUGUAAUUCGUGGUCAACAUUAUUCACCGGGAAGUGUUAUUAUGUUUAAUUUGAUACCGUAUGAAACAUUACAAUUCGAACCACAGGGUGAAGAUAUGAUUGGAACAAGAAUUACCGCCGAUACGUCGAUCGCAGUGAUUAACGGUGGCAUUUGUUCAAGUAUUCCUGCAGGCACUUCGUCUUGCGAUCUCAUGUCCGAACAGCUAGUUUCAUUUGAUCGCUGGGGACGUUCAUUUUUACUAAGCCCGUUCUUCAAUCGACUGUCCGGAUACCAAUUCCAUGUUGUUGCCGGGAGAAACAAUACAACGGUAACAUUGGGGACUGAGGAAAUAAACUUGAACAUGGGGGAGCCUUAUCUAGGAGAUGUGGCCGAUCAGAGCAUGAUUUCAAUAUCAGCGACCAAACCAAUCAUGGUGAUGCAGUACUCGAAAGGUAAAUCCACAGACGGUAAGCUGGGGGAUCCAGCCAUGCUGUUAGUCACUCCUUGGGAGCAAUAUGUAUCGCGUGUGGAAUUUCCUGUGUUUGACUUCUCUGCAGCAGGGAUGAUCUCCACAGUCUCUAUCGGUGUGAUAUCUGAAUGCAAUGCGACUCAUAACAUCGAGUUUGGCAACGAGGUACCGCCCAGCGCUGAGUACAGUCUCAUCACCAGCGACAACCGACAGAUGUGUAGUCGUUGGGUGACCAUAGAGGAAGGUAGUCACGUGCUGGAAAGCCAAUCAGCUACACAAGGAACAGGUGCAGAAGAGACAUUGUUCACCGCUCUGGUUUACGGAGUUGGAAGGUAUACCACCGCUUACCUGUACAAUGCAGGUUCUGGUCUGCAGCUACAAACGUGCACCACUCCAAGCUCUGACCCGCCAUACAAUGAGAUUGAAGUGUCGUGUGCAACUCAGCGAAGAGUUGGAGCGAUCUGUGAUGAGCAAGGCUCCUGCACAUGCCCAGCAGGAUCUGCUGGCUUUCUGUGUCAGAAAAAGUUGACAUCUGUUGUGUGUGGAAGUACUUCAAUGACCAUCACCAUAGCUAAACAGCUAGUCCCAGGUGACGCAGGUGCUGUUCAUUUUCGAAACCAUUCCUGCUCCGGUUUAAACAGCUCGACUAGCACUCAUGAGAUCACUCUCACUACAGAAUACGAUCAAUGUGGCACCACCUUUGAGGAGGAUAACACAACUAUUACCUUCACCAAUGACAUCACAUACGCCAAGCCGGGUUCGGACGACGACACAGUCAUCACCCGUAAAUAUCACAUGCAGGUUCGGGUUCAAUGUUGCCUCCAGAAAGAGGAGAUCGUCAGUGGGUCCUACAAACCUCAGCUUGGUGAGGUAGAAUUUAACGACAAGGGCUCUGGUGUCUUCAGUCUGAGACUAGAUAGGUUCCUGACAGAUACUUUUGAUAAUCUGGAAGAGGACACCACCUCCUUUGUCUUGAAAGGAGAGGACCUCUUCUUUGGAGUGGGUCUCAAUUCAGUAUCAGAAGUUGGUAUGUUUAUUGAUAACUGCUGGGCGACAACCACUGAAGACUCGGAUGCCCUUCCACAAUACUCUCUAAUUUCUUCAGGUUGCCCAGCUGCAGAAACAGUUGCUAUCAAUCAUCUCCUUGGAUUGGAUCGAGAAGGCUUUUCUUUUAAGGCAUUUGCCUUUGUUGGAGAUUACACUGAGGUGUACAUUCACUGUUCAGUGAAGGUCUGUGGUGCCGCGAAUGCCCAAUCGUUUCGAGACGCAGGAUGCCCCUCGGAAUCUCCACCUCCCGACCGCAAACGUCGA